GGAGGUCUUAACAUCAUGUGUGUACCAUCUCCUUACACACACACACACAUACACACAUUUCAGAUAACAGUCGCAGUGUCACCUGUUCAGUCUUUAAGAAUGCCAUUGUGUGGAUUUUUCUUCACAUCACUUCUUAUCUGUUCUGCUCAUUUUCUCCAAACCUGCGCAGGCGGAGCGUUGGGUCAGGAGACUCCGCCCUCUCCGGAGCUGGUGCAGGUGUCCUCGGGCGUGUCCUCAGGUGUGGUGUUACGGUGUCGCGCCCCCCCGGGUCACGGCGGCCGAGUGUUUCAGCUCUACCGCCUGCGCACACUCACGGGCUCGCAGCAGUUCGACACGGAGCGCUCACACGCCGACUUCCAGCUCAGCACCAGCGCUGCAGACACGGAGAUCUACUGCUGCCGCUACGACCACAGCAUGUACAGCCCCUACACCCAUGUCCAACCUCCACCACGCCCGACCACACCCCCUGCUCCUCCUCAACUCUCAGUCACGCCCCCAGAUGGGCGUGUCCGGCCUGGUCAGGUGCUGGAGUUCCAUUGCCAGGCCCCGCCCACCCUUGCUCCUGUGAAAUUUGUCCUACAGAAACAACGUUGGGAAACCGAGGACGUUCAGGUCGUGAGUCAAUCCGCUAAUCCUCGGUUCAGGGUGGGGCCAGUGAACGUGGCUGAUGGGGGCAGGUACACCUGCUUCUACACGCUGCACCUAUCAGAGGGAGAUAAAAACUCCGCCCCCAGCGCACCUGUCUCUGUUCAUGUAGGAGGCCCGACCACACCCCCUGCUCCUCCUCAACUCUCAGUCACGCCCCCAGAUGGGCGUGUCCGGCCUGGUCAGGUGCUGGAGUUCCAUUGCCAGGCCCCGCCCACCCUUGCUCCUGUGAAAUUUGUCCUACAGAAACAACGUUGGGAAACCGAGGACGUUCAGGUCGUGAGUCAAUCCGCUAAUCCUCGGUUCAGGGUGGGGCCAGUGAACGUGGCUGAUGGGGGCAGGUACACCUGCUUCUACACGCUGCACCUAUCAGAGGGAGAUAAAAACUCCGCCCCCAGCGCACCUGUCUCUGUUCAUGUAGGAGUUGAGCUCCCAGCUCCGCGGUUAUCUCACGGGAAAGAGGGGGCGCUAGUGUGCACUGGGUCGCCUUCCUACCCUGGUGCUUAUUUCUCCUUGUUCCAGCAGGGUUCCUCGUCGCCGUUAGCGACACGACCCGCCCAAAUGAUUCAACACAGCGUUCAAUUCGCUGCAUCAGGACAGCACGGGGAAGGGGGCGGGUACCAGUGUCAGUACAGUGUGCAGCUGGGUAAAACCUGGGCACAUUCUGAACUCAGCACCCCCAUCAUACUACCUUGUGUUACAGGAUCUCCUUCCUGCAGCCCGCCUUCUACAGAUAACUAUCCUCCACGCACAGGUUCGAUGGACCUGCCGUUGGUGUGUGGCUCCGUCUCAGCUGCUCUGCUCUUCCUGAUGGUGCUCAUCUUCCUGGCCUUUGGGAUUCGCAAAUACGCUGAAAGAGCAGCCAAGAACAGGAGACAAAGGGAACAGGAGCAGUUCUGGCAGCAGGUCCACUGCAGAGACCACAUCGUCGAUCUCACACUACAGAGAGUCAGCACUGGCUACAAGGAGGAUGGAGAAGCGUCAGUGUCAGAGCCCAUCUACGACUGUCCACUCAGCACAUUCACCCGCCCACCUGACUACUGACUGUCUCUCUCUCCCUCUCUCUCUCUCUCCCUCUCUCUCUCUCUCUCUCUCUCUCUCUCUGUGCUGUGUCUCUUGGCCACAGUGCGGAGUGAGAGCUCCACACACACAGACAGGUACAGCACACCUGAGUGGGCGGAGCAUGCAGAUGACGUAGCUGAGUUUUGGUUUGCAUGUAGUUGCUUUAGUUUCUUUCUGACACAAAGGCAAAACACACACACACACACAAAGUGCUGAUAUCUCAGCAUUGUCUCUUCCUCUUUCUGUACCUUUUUGCUUUUUAUUCUUUCAUCAUCCUUUCAUUUCACUAUUCUUCACUCUUAUUCUUUUACUUUCUCAUUUACUCAUGGUUUUCUCUUCCUCUUUCUUCACCUCAUUAUUUUUAUUUCUUCCACUCUAUAAUUUCCUUUUCUCACAUGCCUUAUUUAUUCAUUCUUUUCUUCUUUAUUCCUGUCUAUCUCUCUCUCUCUCUCUCUCUCUCUCUCUCUGUAGCAUUUUCACAAUUCGUAUUUUGUGUUAUUUAAGGUGCUUAUUAUGUUUAAAUAAUGUCCUUUAAAAAUAAAUUAAUGCUUUACUAAUGAUAUUUUAUGGAUGAAUACACACACACACACACACACACACACACACAGAAUGCAGAAGGAAGUACACACUGCUGCAGGAGCUUUGAGCAAUAAAAGCACAUUAUAUCCUGUUAACCGCAUCGUCAUCGUCAUUAGUGACGCUGCUUAUGUAGCUCUGUAAAGUUUUAUAGCUCGUUAAAUGUUUAUGAGGAGUUAUGAAUGUUUAUAACACAGAUCACUGUGAGAAGUGCAAAGUAACUCACUAACAUCUCACUUAAAGCUGAAUGCAAAUUACACGUCUGUCUGUCUGUCUGUCUCUCUGUCUCUCUGUCUGUCUCUCUCUGUCUCUC